CAAAUAAAACACAACUUUUAGGUCACUGGUCAGUCCCCUCCCUUCUCGCUCUUUACUUCACACCGAGAGAGUAAGAGAGAUGGCUCAAGCUAGCUCUUCUUGUCUCUCUACCCUGCUCAUGUCUUUCUAUUCUUGCCUGCAAUGAACCAAGAUCUGCACCCCUUCUUCCUGGAAGAAGAUGGCAUCAAUGUAUAACCCAGAAACGAGUGCGGUACAAGACCAACAACAAUACCAACAAAACCCUACAUUACUUUAUGAUGCUCUCUAUUGUUCUGAAGAGAAUUGGGUGGAAGAAGUUAGAGAGGACUGUUUUCAAGAUGAACUAGAAGGAGAGAGUUAUUGUAGCAACAAUAGCAAUAAACUAAACACUUUUCCAAUAUUUCUAGAACAAGACUUAAGCUGGGAAGAUGAGGAGCUUUCCUCUUUGUUUGCCAAGGAGGAGCAAAAUCAGCUGUGCAAAGACUUAGAAACCAACCCAUCUUUGGCUAGGGCUCGCUGUGAGGCUGUAGAGUGGAUUCUAAAGGUCAAUGAACACUACUCUUUCACCGCUCUAACUGCAGUUUUGGCAGUGAACUAUCUUGAUAGGUUUUUAUUCAGUGUCCACCUUCAGAAAGAGAAGCCAUGGAUGGCCCAACUUGCAGCUGUGUCUUGCCUCUCACUUGCUGCCAAAGUGGAGGAGACCCAAGUGCCCCUUCUAUUGGAUUUUCAGGUGGAGGACAGUAAAUACGUGUUCGAGGCCAAAACUAUCCAGAGAAUGGAGAUCCUGGUGCUUUCUACUCUUAAAUGGAAGAUGAAUCCAGUAACCCCAAUAUCGUUUCUUGAUUACAUCACUAGAAGGCUUGGCCUAGAACACUAUCUUUGUUUGGAAUUUCUCAAGAGGUGUGAGCGCAUGGUCCUCUCUAUCUUGGCAGAUUCUAGGUCUAUGCCUUAUGUUCCUUCUGUAAUGGCCGCUGCCACGAUGCUCUAUGGUAUUGAUAACAUAGAACCCAGUCUUGCAGCAGAAUACCAAAGCCAGCUGUUGAGCAGUCUUGGAAUCGAUAAAGACAAGGUAGAGGAUUGCAGCAAGUUCUUAAUGGAAUUUGCUCUAAGAGACCAUUUUAAGCUUCUCUCAAACAAACGCAAGUUUUGUUCACUUCCAGGCAGUCCUAGCGGUGUGGUUGAUGUGUCUUUUAGCUCAGACAGCUCAAAUGAUUCAUGGUCUGUGGCAUCAUCCGUGUCUUCAUCACCCAAGCCUCUGUCCAAGAAGAGUAGGGCACUGCAGAGUCUAAACAACGCAACAACUUCAGAUUUUCUCAGCAUUCCUCGCUAGUGCCUUAAAAUUCCUGUUUUUCCCUAAUGGACUACCUCUUGUACGGUUAAUAAGUCUUGUGCUUUUUCAAUGUUCAAGUUAAAUUGCCUGCCAUCUCUGCUUUUCCAGCUCAGGCCAAUGCUUAGAACGCUGAAAUAUUGAUUGGGUACUGGGAAUUGGAAGCAGAGAUAGUUGGCAUUUUACCGGAAAUGAAGAACAGAACAGAACAAAAAAAAGAAAAAAAAGAGAGCCGAUGAGGAAGAGUUCUGGUAGUAAUCUGACCUCUUUCCCCCCACUUCAUUAGGCCCUUUAUUGUCUCAUAUUCUAUAAAUAAAACAUCUCGUAUGAACUUAUUCA